AUGACGUACCUCGAUGAGGUGACUUGGACCACCAAGAGCUGGCUGGGGCUGCAGAAGCAGCGCAUCUCAGUCGUUCUUCACACGGCCAUCGCAGAGCAGGUCGUGAAUGAGCUUGCCUGUGGCGGGGGUGGGCGGGACCCGCUCUUCGCCGUGGCGAUGCGGCUGCUGCUUGUCCAGCGCCGCUGCGCCGACCCCUUCGUCACGGUGUCGGCAACGCUCAAUGAGGUUAUCCUCCGCAGAUACGCCGCCGACCGCCGCGCCAGCGCCGACCACUUCCCGUGGCUUGCGAGGGUGAGCCCGGCGCUCCGCCUCUCGUCGGAAGUGACGGGUGCUGGCGCGAGUCGCGCCGAAUACUGGAGACUGCGGCGCGGCGAAGAGAAUGGCGCGAAUCUGCGGCGACGCCUCUUGCAGUCCGGCAAGGUGCAGCACUACGAGGGCGAGCGAGGCGCGGAGCGGUGGGUGCGCAUGGAGUUAGCCAACGGCAACGUGCAGCACUACGAGGGCGAGCGGGGUGCGGAGCGGGUGGUGUGCGCGGAGUUUCCCAGCGGCAACGUGAAGUACUACGAGGGCGAAAAAGGCGUGGAGCGGAGGGUGCGCACGGUGAGGAGCGAGUGCGGGCGCCUCGGCUUGGCCACCACCGGCGUCAAAGCAGCGCUCGUGGCGCGCCUCCUGGCGGCCUGA